ACUCAUACAAAAUGAACGUACUACAUACAUUUUUUAUGUUAGUUUUCGUUUUCUACACAGCGAAGGCCUUUUUACAACGAGAGGAAUUUGGAGAGAUUUUCACAAAAUUGGUAGAUGAAUGCCGAGACAUUUGCACAGAUAUAUCAGAUGUGAGUGAUGAGGCUAUAUUCCAGGUCAGAGAUGGUAAUUUCAUAGAUGAUAUCAAAAUUAAGAAAUAUAUACAAUGCAUGUACCGAGUUUCAAAAUUGAUGGAUAAGAAUUUGAAUAUGAAUGAAACACUACUUGAUGAAGUCUUACCAAAGAAAGCAAAAGAGAAUGACUUCAAAGGCAUGGCGAGAAAUUGUCUCUCGGAGGCUAAAGAGUCAGAUAUCAAAGAAAAUCACGAGAAGGUUUAUCGUUUCGAAAAAUGCUUACAUGAUCUCAAGCCAGAGGUAUUCAUUAUGGCGUGAUGCAGUCACACAGGCGUACAACUCUCAAACCCUAGAACGUCGAUUAUCAUUGUUCGUAAAAUUUUGAUGUUUAGAAUAAAUUAUUAAGCA